GGGAUGUCAAGACAAGAUUUAGUUCUCAUCCGAGAACCUUUUUUUUUUUUUUUUUUUUUUUAUUUUCAACAAUUCAUACUAAUGAAUAAAUCACUACUUUUUUAAAAAAUAAAUCAAAAUUUUUUUUUGAGUUAACAUCAUUUUAUUUGGUUAAUUUAUGAAUGAUGUGAAGUUAAAUUUUUUGUCAUAUCAUGACAGAACGCACCAUCGGCAAUAACGAUGUUCAGCGAUUUCAUCAUAAUUGCCUAUAAAAAUGGCUUAUGGGGUCUUGAAGUUUGCAGCUUGCGCACCAAUACUUUAAUACGCACGUCGGCAAACAUGGCGACGGAGGAGGACCUCAAGUUGUUUGCGACCAACUACAUGAUACUGAAGCCGGAGGAGGUGGGGGUGAGGGGCCUGUUCCAGGUCUUGUUUUCCCGGAAGACGGCGAAGAAGAGGAGGUACUUCCAGACGCAGAGGGAGGACAACUUGAACAUGGUGGACGGAUGGCUGUUGUUCAUCUCCAUUCUCUUGCAGAAGGUGCUGCAGUUGGUGGCCAAGCCCAUGGCCUUCUUUGGCGACGUCUUGGAGAUGGGACUCAACCUUCUCUCCAGCAACGGCGGCAGAUUCUCCACCCUCUUCCUCAAUAUCAUAAGAGGGAAGGUGGUGGUACCAGAUAAAUCAUCACCAACUUACUUAUCAAUGAUUGGGCAUCUAGAUGGACGAGUGGAUCUAGACCAUAACGUCAAACGUGAUGAUCCUAGAUACUAUGAAGCGCUCUCAUUAUUGGCCGCAAAAAUCGCUUACGAGAACAAUGCUUACAUCAAACAUGUAGUUGAGGAUAUUUGGAAGAUGGAGCUAUUGGUAGCAAAUGACUUUUGGAAUGACUAUCAAAAGAAGUGCACCACACAAGCAUUUGUGAUGCGCGAGAAAAAUGGUGACUCUGAGACGAUAAUUGUAUCCUUUAGAGGCACGGAACCAUUCAAUGCUGAUGAUUGGUGCAGCGACUUUGAUCUCUCUUGGUUCAUGUUGCCGGACGUGGCGGGGAAGAUGCAUGCAGGUUUUAUGAAAGCCAUGGGCUUACAGAAGAAUAGGGGAUGGCCGAAGGAGAUUGAAGAAGACAAAAGCCACCCGCCCACAGCUUAUUACCACAUUAGGGGAAUGCUGAGGGACUUGCUGCACACAAACAGUAGGGCUAGAUUCAUAGUGACAGGGCAUAGCUUGGGCGGUGCGUUGGCCAUCAUCUUCCCGUCCAUCCUAGCAAUGCAUGACGAGUCGUGGAUGCUGGAAAGGUUGGACAGUGUGUACACCUUUGGGCAGCCCAGAGUUGGGGACGGUAUGUUCGGGGAGUUCGUGUUGAACCGGUUUAAAGAGCAUGGCGUGCGGUAUGCCAGGUUUGUCUACAGCAACGAUAUGGUCCCCAGGGUUCCUUUUGACGACUCAGGUCGCUUGUUUAGACACUUUGGGACGUGUAUUUUCUACAAUUGCAUCUACUCAGGGGAUAUUGUUGCUGAAGUACCAUUCAAGAACUACUUUUCAUUGUUUGGGAUUAUACCCAUGCACCUAAUUGCAAUUUGGGAGAUAAUAAGAGGUUUCAUUUAUGGUUAUACGAAGGGACCGAUGUACAGGGAAGGGUGGCUCUUAUUCUCCAUGAGGCUAUUUGGGUUAGUAGUGCCUGGUAUUCCACCACAUAUUCCCCAAGAUUAUAACAACGCCACGCGAUUGGGAUCUCUAGAUGCUCGACUUAAUGCCCUAGCUGAGAAAGAGCGUAAAGGUUAAUAAUGUCUGAGUUGAGUACACUUGUGUAACAAGUUGGCGUCUGAGAAUAAUUCGAAAUGUUGACCAUAUAUAUCUAUGUAUAUGGACUGUAUGCUACAAUCAUGGCUUGCUAAAGUUGUUAUUUUCCAUCUACAACAACGUUAUUGUCAUAAUCUAUGUGAUUUUUGUUUGCGUUUA